AUGGCAUCCAAAGUACUCGUUCCGUUGAAGCGUCUCUCAGAAGAGAGACGUCACGACGCUGUCGCAGCAUGGGUCAUCAACAAGGAAAUCAUGGGGGAACUGAAGCAAUUCAAGAAAAGCGAGAUCGAUCGCCCAGCGCGGUAUGAGGAGCUACGGCAAUGGCUGGGUCUCGACCACGAUGUUUGGGUCUCGAGAGGAGCAAGUACUGUCGAGAUGGCAUGCAACGCGCACGACACCCCUACCGACAAAGUCAUGAUCGACCAAGAGGGCCUACAGAAGAGAGUUAUGCUCACACUGAGGAGACUAGUCGCUUUGACUAAACAGGUUCCCGGAGCUGCCCAGUAUCCCCAAGGAUCUGCAAAUUGGGUGAAGUGGUGCUACCAGGCGACUAUGGACCUCCUAUUUGCAGUGCUCUUCGACCCUCAGCAUGAUCAUAGUAACGAAGGCUUUUUCGCGAGGCGACUGCAAGGCGCCCCUGUGCUCGCCUGGCAAGCGAAAAAGAGGAGUAGCACACCCGCACUACACAACAAAAAAGCCACUCCCAAGCGCCGAAGGGAGACACUCGUUGGUCCUACAAAGAAGAAGCCAAGGGCUGAGCGCGAGAGCUCCGAGCCACUCUUCGUAAGCUCUCAAUCUGGGACACCGCCUCCCAAAUACGAAGAAGAAAACUACGAGUGUCAGAUAGCCAAAUGCAUAGACAAGAACUGCCCCGGAACUGCCGCAAAACACCGAGCCAGCGUCAAGAUCAGAAGGGAUGGAGCAGAAAGCAAGGAGGAAAGGGACGAUUGA